GGGAGUGGGGCCGGGCUGCGGGGCGCUGAGGAGCCGGUGGCGGAGCCCGCGCAGGGGCCGUGCAGAAUCUCAAGAGCAAAGAUCCAUUUUGUGUCAAAACAAGCGAUUUCCAGAGGAUAACACCAAUGACCGAACUGUCUGCGCAUUUACCCCAGUUUCAGCAUGGUCAGCUGUCAGAAAACUUCCCUGAUAACCACCUCAGCAACACCCAAGAGUCCCUGGCCUCUGCUCUGUUUAAUGCUGAUCAGAAUGACAACAGCGAAAGACGACGCCACGACAAUAGUGAGCGCAGAAGAAACGACAAUGCAGAGUCUGAGACCAACGGGCAGCCACAGAACAACACUCAGCAAGUGGUGGAACAAGACGAAGAAGAAGAUGAGGAGCUGACACUGAAAUAUGGGGCAAAACAUGUGAUUAUGUUGUUUGUACCUGUCACGCUUUGCAUGGUGGUCGUUGUUGCAACCAUCAAGUCUGUCAGCUUUUAUACACGCAAGGAUGGACAGCUCAUCUACACACCUUUCACAGAAGAGACUGAGACAGUGGGACAGAGAGCCCUGAAUUCCAUUCUCAACGCAGCUAUCAUGAUCAGCGUUAUCAUUGUCAUGACCAUACUCUUGGUUGUGCUUUACAAAUACAGGUGCUACAAGGUGAUCCAUGGCUGGCUUAUCAUUUCUUCUCUUUUGCUGCUUUUCUUUUUCUCAUUCAUCUACCUGGGGGAGGUUUUUAAGACUUAUAAUGUUGCCAUGGACUAUAUAACAGUGGCACUCAUGAUCUGGAACUUUGGUGUUGUGGGAAUGAUUUGUAUCCAUUGGAAGGGUCCCCUUCGGCUCCAGCAGGCGUAUCUCAUCAUGAUCAGCGCUCUCAUGGCCUUGGUGUUCAUUAAGUACCUUCCUGAAUGGACUGCAUGGCUUAUCCUGGCUGUCAUUUCAGUCUAUGAUUUGGUUGCUGUCCUGUGUCCUAAGGGUCCUCUUCGUAUGCUAGUUGAAACAGCUCAAGAGAGAAAUGAAACUCUCUUCCCAGCACUUAUUUACUCCUCAACAAUGGUAUGGCUAGUGAACAUGGCUGAGGAAGAUCCAGAAGCCCAAAGGAAAGCUUCCAAAAACUCCACUUAUGAUAAACAAGGUUCAGCAAACCAGACUGGGACUGAAGAUGCUGAAGCGGAUGAUGGUGGCUUUAGCCGGGAAUGGCAGCAACAAAGGGACAACAGAAUAGGACCCAUUGAGUCAACACCUGAAUCGCGUGCUGCUGUUCAGGCUCUGCCCAGUAACUCCCAAACAAGUGAAGACCCCGAAGAACGAGGAGUAAAACUAGGUUUAGGAGACUUCAUUUUCUACAGCGUCCUUGUUGGCAAAGCCUCUGCAACAGCAAGUGGGGACUGGAAUACAACUUUAGCAUGUUUUGUAGCCAUAUUAAUUGGUCUGUGCCUUACGCUUCUGCUUCUUGCCAUCUUUAAGAAGGCCUUACCAGCUCUUCCAAUCUCCAUAACCUUUGGGCUAGUUUUUUACUUUGCUACAGAUAACUUGGUGCAACCCUUUAUGGACCAGCUUGCAUUCCAUCAGUUUUACAUCUAGCACACUUUGAUGCUGGUACUCUCUGGAUAUUUGUAGCAAAUCUGGGAGGAGGAAAAGUAUUUUUCCAUUAGUUCUCAAGUGAGAAUACUCAAGAUUCCAAGCCUGAAUAAUUACAGCUUCCUCUGAUGGUGUUUUGAUGGGGUUUGGUUUUUUUUCUUGAGACAACUGCUACACUGAGCACCCCAUGAGUUUUCCUGUGUGAAAGUGGUUUCUUCCUGAUGGCCGGUCUAAACCAGGUGCUAUUAUAUCAGACGUAAUUUGAUACACAUAUCUCUGGUAAGGGCCACCUGUGUGCAAGUUGCUAAUGCUUCCACCAGCAAUGUGAUCUCCUACCACAGGUUGAUUGUUUUCAGAGCAUUAAGGGUGCUCAGGACUUUCUUGAUGUUAACAGAAGCAGCAGACAAACCACAUAGAAAUUGUCCAUGUAAACCGCUUGAAGAGAGAGGACCCAGUUCAGACUCCUUCAGCAGAGAUGUUUUUUGACAGCAGAGUCCUUACUCUGCUUUGUGUAACAACAAAGGACUUUGUAGCAACUCGACAAAGGGAGAAAGCACUGUCACUCUAAGAGUGCUCCACCACUUCAUAGAGCCUCUGUGCCCGAGUGUGCUUGGUUUAAGGAAUUUUAAAGCUUUUUUUUUUGCCCCUCCCCCCCACUGGAACUAGAACCUCUUCUCAGUUUUAAUACUUUGUGCCCUCAAGCAUGGAGUGCACCUUCUGUACACCUGCUCCAGCUUAUGUAGCUACUUUGACUUGGACUGAAUUAUUUGGCAUUAGGGGAUCAUAAGGUCCUAAUUUGGAUCUUAGAUUCUAAAAGGUUAAUAAACUACAUAGAAAUUCCAGGACUUACUCGUCGUGCUCUUGCAAAUCAUUUUGCUAGAACACCAUUUCAAACCCUGUGUUUGAGAAUAGUCACUAACAGCAUGGACUGGUAUAUACUUCUUCUAUUGAAAGUAGACAUUUGCAGCAAUCCCAGGUGGAGUUUAGCUUGCCAGAGCUAGAGGUCAUAGUGCUAUUAGUAGCACUUUUAAUGCAUCACUGAAAUUUUUGCUCUUCAGAAAUGUGAUUUACGGUUCUGUUGACCUGAAGUAUUGGUCACUCAACUGUCCAGCACCUCAGGUUGGGCAGGGAUGGGUUUUUUUGUGCAGUAUCUUGAUUGGUGAGGAUACUGAAGUUAGGUGAGAUGUUAUUUCUUUUUACCAAGGAGCAAAAUUUGUGGCCCUCUCCACUUCAGUCACCUCUCUCACGAGGAACCGAAGACUGAAGAAAUGAAAAACAACUCAAAGUGACUGAAAAGGAGAUACAAGCUUUUGAACUUUGUGUGACAAGAAAGAAUUGAUUCAAACCUUACAACUGCUGGACUCCAUCUUCUCCUUCAUUUGAAAGAACUCUUUUAUGAAUGGUUGCUUGGAAAUGGGACUUGUGUGAGACGAAGUUGGUUUUGCCAUCGGCUUUUGAGGGAAGCAUGGGGAGUGACACCAUUGAUGGGCAUUUCUUUUUACUUGCAUCUUGAUACUGGAGUCCUUGCCAAGUAGAACAACUAUCAAAAUCCUGACACAAGCUCUUUUUACCUUUUUUCUGGGGCUUUGUUUCAGUGCCUUUAGAUUGAAAGGACUGAAACAUCACAGAUGCUCACCAACCGUUGCCCAAAUAAGGGAGGAAAGGCUGUGAUGUAUUAACCUGCUUUCAAACCAAGAAAGGCUUACUUUGUCCUUGGAAAUGUCUCUCUUCCAGUAUGACUUGCUAACUCUGGUGUUAGCAUUUACAUGUUCAUAAAAUACAUUGUCCUGUCUCCUCUAAAGAACUUUUAUUCAUCUCAUUUGUGUGCUGGUUCGUUGUGGACAGCAUUAAUAAACUAACAGUAUCAACAUUGCCUACAUUGACUUUUCAAGUCAAACUUGCUUGCGUUGUCUAACUUAAAUCACUGUUCUGUAUCUUGCUGCAAUGCAGCUUGACUUAAAACAAGUUUGUGGUUUGCUGGUUUUACACAGCUUUGAGUUGUUUUUAUACUAUUGUAACUUGUCCCUUGCCCCAGCAUUUUAUUGUGUGUUUUAUUGGGCAUCCUAACGGUUGUUUCAUUGUGUAGAACAAGUUUGCUAAGAGUUGGUGUCUCUUUGCCUAUCUGAACUGACUCUCGGUGAAGAGUUGUUGCUUAAAUGCAGCAGAUAUCUUUAUUGUUUGUUUUUUGGCUUAAAUAUGCACCAUAGGAGCACCAGCUCCGAGAAGAGUUGCUUUAGAAUCAAUAGAAAUGCAUAAAAGCCUUUCCACAUACUUGAAUGGGUGUUAGCUGUACAACCUAAGGAAGAGCUCAGAAUCUUCAAACACUAGAUUGCCAGUCUUCCGCUCCCCAGAGCUGCUUCUGCCAUCCUGGAGCUUUAAUUUCUGAGCUAGUGCAGAACUGCAGUGGCAAAGACUGUAAAAUUUGUAUUCACAGAAGCUAGUCAGGUUUGUGUAUUUGAAUCUCAAAGUAAAUUCAGAAGGGAAAUUGCUUUUCCAGCCCAGGCCAAUAUGUGUUCAAGUACACUGCUUAUUACCAAGUCUUACGUACGCCUUCAGAAGCCAGAUGACAUUUGCUAGAUGUCCAAGUCAUGGUAAUUUAUGUUCCAAGUGAGAUCUUGCAACUAAAGAUCUCCUCAGCACUUGGGUCCACGAGGUUCAGUUGAAAACAGUCUUUGUUUGCAUUGGUUUGUUACUACAUAAGCGUGGAGGUCGUGUCAGUUUUCCCUCCUUUGUCUUAACACAGGAAUCUGAGAUCGUGAACCAUGUCAGCUUGGUUAGCUUAGUGGAACUUAAAGACUUCUGAAAUGAAAUGGAGCCUGCAUUUUUGAGACAGUUUCCAUCAUUAUUAUUAAAUUAGUAUGUUAAUGACAGCACAUUAGACUGUAGCUCUGAAAGAACUUUUGUGUAACCCUAGUAGCUAGAUUCAUCUCUUUUGUGCCCAAGCAGACUGUCUGGUAACUGCUGUGUGACUGUUUCAGUAUUCAUACUGAUACAGCUUUCUCUCCCCUUUCAGCUAACAGCAAUGAUUAGCCUCCCUCUUUGGCUGAGCCUCAAAGAAAUAAAUGAGAAAACAUAACACCAAGUUACAGGUUUGUUUAAAAAAGCAACCACUUCAAUUUGUCUUUUUUUUUCUUUUCUGUUGGGGAAUUUAACCUGGAGCCAAAAGGAGAGAUUCCUGGAAGGUGGUCUUAUAGCUAAGGAGUAUGAUACUAUCAUAUCUAUUUAUGGCUGUUGUGGUGGCACUCAAAUUCAGACAUCAUCUGUACGAGGUGAGUCUUGAAGGUAUGCAUGUGAUAGUCCAACAGUCGUUCUGACUGGGUAGAUGAUUUCUUUGAACUAAGUCACCAAGGGCUGUCCUCCACUAAAAAUGGCUGAUUUCCUCAAUGUACAAAGCAGACCCCGACUAUUUCAGGCAUAGGAGACUGGUGCUUCAUGGAGUUGUAGAUAUAUCUGUACCUGUAGGGAUAUAUAAUAGGUACUCUGGGCCCUGAGAUGACAACUGUUCUGCCUUUAGUGCAGUCAAGAAGUAAAUAUGCAGAAGUACGUUUUGGGUGGAUGGUACUGGAUGACAAAACUCAAAAUGCUUUCUGUUUAAAAAAAAAUGGUAAUGAUGCUGUUGAAAUGAGCUGAAAUAGACUGUGGAACAUGUCUGCACUGUGAUUGCAUCUCAGUGGCAACUCGGUCAUUGGGAACGCAGGAACAGGAGCUAGAAUGGAAUCCUUUUACACUCAAAGCAUUUGCUGGUUUCUUUUUUUUACAGACACUGGUUUGUACAUAAUCUGAAUCGAAUGUGAAUGUUUUUUAAACACCUUUCCAGUUCUUGAUAAGAUAUGUUUUUGAUAGAUUAUUGCAGAUUUUCCUGUAUUUGUCUAACUAUUAAAAUAAAAGUUGCAUGUGGUGA